ACCUCUUUCCUCGACUUUCUCUUAAUGGCCUUCCCCACUUUCACCGUUCUUUCUCUGCUUCUAUCCUCCUUCAAUCUCGUAUAUGGAGGUUGGGAGAACGCCCAUGCCACUUUUUAUGGCGGCGGAGAUGCCUCUGGAACAAUGGGUGGUGCUUGUGGGUAUGGAAAUUUGUAUAGUCAGGGAUACGGUACCAACACUGCCGCAUUGAGUACCGCUCUUUUUAACAAUGGGUUGAGUUGUGGGUCGUGCUACGAAAUGAGAUGCAAUGACGACCCUCGGUGGUGCCUUCCUGGUUCCAUAAUUGUGACGGCGACCAAUUUCUGCCCACCUAACCCCGGUUUGUCUAACGACAAUGGCGGGUGGUGUAACCCUCCCCUCCAACACUUUGAUUUGGCCGAGCCUGCUUUCUUGCAGAUUGCUCAGUAUAGAGCUGGAAUUGUACCUGUCUCCUUCCAAAGGGUGCCUUGUGUGAAGAAAGGAGGAGUGAGAUUUACAAUAAAUGGUCAUUCUUACUUCAAUUUGGUUUUGGUCACCAACGUCGGAGGUGCAGGGGAUGUUCAUUCAGUUUCAAUCAAAGGGUCAAAAACAGGAUGGCAAGCGAUGUCAAGGAACUGGGGGCAAAACUGGCAAAGCAACUCCUACCUUAACGGUCAACCGCUCUCUUUUCAAGUUACAACCAGUGAUGGACGAACCAUCACAAGCUUCAACGUGGCGCCAUCUAACUGGCAAUUUGGUCAGACUUUUCAAGGGAGUCAAUUUUAAUUUUACUUUUUUAAAGAGAAAAAAUUAGAAUUGGAAUUUAAAAAUUAAGAAUUACGAUAAAAAUCUAAAGGAUUUGUAUAUGGUUUUUAUUUUGGGUGAGGUUUGGGGUGGGGUGAGAGCACUGUGGCUCUAUUGCUGAGGUGGCUAGUUAGCACCCGCUUAGAACUGUAUCUGAAAAUAGUGUUAUUACCGUUUAGUCCUUGUGAAAAGGAAACAUGCCUUAUUUGUAUUCAAAGGCAUCAUAUGUACUCAUUAAAGUUUGUAAUUUCAUCUUUAAAGUUAUUAAAGUGCAAAACUGGAAAUUCCUUUGCUA